AUGGCUGCUACACGAUCGCCACACCACCAGGCAUGCAGCGUGGUGAUCCCCAUACUCUGUCUUUUGUGUUACGUAACAAACUGGUGUGCGGAAGUGAAGCGAAUUUGGCGAGCAGGCCGAUCCACCGAUGAGGAGCUGGUGAAGCUGAAUCCGAGGAGUGUCCAAGUAUCUAUCUCCGAAUCGGGUACUCCAAUUGUGUCCGUUCAGCCUGUCACGCCUCAUCGAAAGCCGGUCCUGUUCAAAGGUGCCACAUCAGUUGCCUGA